AUGCCGGGGGCCGGCGCGGCCGGCCUUCAGGUGGCCCCGCCGCCGGCCUCGCAGCCGGUGGCGAACGGGGCGCCAGCGCAGGGCGCCGCAGGUGUCUGGCCCCCCCCGCCCGCGUUGGCCUCGAAUGGGGUCGUCAGGAGAGUGGCGCCGCUGUCGCCCGCCUCGGGGUCCUCGUCCACGGCCCUGCCCGUGACCGUGGCACCGCCUGUGGUGUACAGGCUCGCGGGGCAGGCCUCCGUGCGCCUGCUGCCCCCCUCGCCCAGCGGCGUGGCCCCGACGCCCGGCGGCGCGGGCACGCCGCUGCCGACAGUCGCAACCCCCCUGCUCGGGAGCGCCAGGGUGCUGGUGGCGCCGCCGAGGCCCGUGGCGCUCGCGCCAGCAGGCCAGGCCGCUGCCCCCGCGGCCCCCGCGGGGUCUGCUGCCGCCGCCUCCCCAGGCACCGCGCCCUUCGCGCCGGCGGGCCAGGCCAGCGCCCCCGCGGGGCCAGCGGACCCGCUCGCGACUGCCUGGCACUCCGCGACUGGCGCCGGGCCGAGCGUGGCGCUCGCCCGCGCCGUGACCCCCCCCAGCGUGGCGCCGGCCGCCGUGCCCGGAACGGCUCGCCUGCGCGCUGCGCCUGCCACGGCACGGGGUGCGGUGCCCAGCACGCCGCCCGCGCAGGUGGCCACGCCGGCCUCCUCGAGCACGUCGGCGCCCAGCACGCCCGCGGGCCAGGCCGCGCGGCCAGCGGCGGCACCUGGCGCCCCGUGGGGCGCGGCGGCGGCGGCGGCGUACCCGACCUGCCUGAAGGGGGCCGGGGGCGCGGCGGGGGUGGUGGCGCGGCCACGGCCCCUGUCGCAGGUGCAGGAGGACGGCGAGGACCCAGACGACCUCGAGCAGCCGUGGUUUUCGCACGCCGUCAACAACCUGUGGCCGUACCUGGCCAGGUUUGUGGAGGAUUCUUUAGUCACCGGGCUGGAGAUGCGUCCGCAGCUGCAGCUGGAGAACGUCGCGCACAGCGUGAGGCCGAUGAUGGAGGAGCUGAUCCGAUCGCCCCUCCCGCUGCCGCUGCGAACCGAGUGGCUGAACGACGUCCUGGGCAUCUUCUGGAAGCUCCUCGCCUUCAUGGUGAACAAGCUGAUCCAGGGACCCGUGGUAGAUCUCAUCAAGCAGAAGCUGCCACCCUUCAUGCAGUCGCUAAAGUUCGAGCCAUGCGAGCUGGGCUCGGCGUCCCCGAAGAUCACGUCCAUCGAGGUGGCCAAGAAGUCCCUCAGUGGCGGCUGGGUCGAUUUCAAGGUCGACGCGGAGUACAAAGGCGACGCAAACAUCCAGCUGGUUUUCAAGGGUAUCAGGAUAGGUGUGAAAGAGAUAUCCGCGUCGGCGUCUUUUUAUAUUAGCUUUUAUGGUCUGCUGGACCGCCCUCCCUUUUUCGAGGGCCUGUCCAUCUAUCUGUGCAAGCCCAUGGACUUCAACAUCAAGUGGCCCGGGCUGACCAGCCUCCUGGACAUCGACUUCUUCGACGACAUCAUCAAAGGGGUGGUGAACCAGCUGCUGGCAAAGCAGCUCGUGCUGCCCAACCGCAUCGCCGUGCCCAUCACCGCCUCGGAGGACACCGUCUUCGGCAUGGUGCGGCCGCGGCCCGCCGGCGUCCUCAAGAUCUGCGUGCGCGAGGCCAGAGGGCUCGUGGGCGUGGAAGAUAACCUGACCUCGUAUGUCACCGGGGACGUCUCGUCGCUCACCUGCGACCCCUUUGUGCAGAUCACCGUGGGGAACAAGACGUUCCGGACGUCGACUGUGGAGAAGAGCAAGAACCCCGAGUGGGAGGAGGGGGUGGAAGUCUUCUGGUUCCUGGUCGACGUGCCGUCGGAGCAGCUCAUCGACCUGCGCGUGUUCGACGACGGCUUCUGGCAGAAGGUGCUGAGAAGACUCAAGGCGGAGGAGAACACCAAGAACGAGGUGGCCCGGGAGGAGGGCCUCUCGCUCAACGACCUGCUGGGCCUCCCCGCCGAGGACCCGCUCGCGGACGAGAUCCACACCGUCGUGAACGUGAAGCUGAAGUCGUGGUGGCCCGGCAAGGGGAAGGCGCCGCGGGAGGAGGACGUGAAGCACCUCUUCGAGAAGGGCACGCACCCAAACCAGCACGCCCAGGCGUUCUUGGACAAGGCUCACAAGGUGGUGCACGAUGUCGGCCAGAAGGCCGCCGCGCACCAGCGGGAGCGGGAGCAGAAGCUCAAGGACCGCGGCCUGAACGCCGCGGCGCAGCUGUGCCUCCUGGUUCACUGGCGCCCCCUGGGCGACGGCGUCCAGGACGAGCAGGUGCCGCGCAGGGCCAAGGACGCCGAGGACCGGCACAUGCUGCUGGUCGACAGGCUCUGGAAGGAGUUCGACCUGGACCAGAGCGGCUUCCUGGCCAAGAACGAGGUCGAGGUCUUCGCGAGGCUCCUGGGCUUCAAGGGGGACGACGAGCAGCUGCGCGAGGAGUUCCUGCAGGACGUCGGGGAUACGGUGGGCAUGACCCGGCAGAGCUUCGAGGCCAAGAUGAGGGGGUUGACCAACGACUACAUGGAGUCGCUCCUCGCCCUGCUGCAGCCCCACGUGAAGCAGGUGCGCACGGCUCCCUCCUCGCUGAAGCUCGCGGGGCGCUCCCGGGUGCAGCUGGAGGAGCGCCUCGACACCAAGCGGCGGUCCGCGACCCAGCGGCUGGACCUCGACGACGAGGCCGAGGACCUCCUGAGCCCCGACGAGAGGGGCUGGCCGACCCACGUGCUGCGCGUGGGCGUCGACGCCUGCGAGCAGCUGCCCUACGAGCAGGGCUCGCAGGACCAGUUCUUCGUCACCGUCGACUGCUGGCCGCUGGUCGACGAGCACGGCAACGACAAGAUGGACUCCGCGGAGGGGGUCACCCGGUUCUGCACGAAGUACAGGACCCCGCGGAACUACGUGAUGGCCGGGCUCGCGGCGAGCGCCGACGAGAACGAGGCGCUCGCCCGGAAGGUCGGGAAGUUGAUGGAGCAGAACGUGCCGAUGGAAACGAUCGCCCAGGCGGCAGCGGCGGGAGAUCGGAGGCGACGGGCUGGAAUGCGGCGAGCUUCCUGGGUGCUGGAGAUUGACCCCAGGAGGAUGGGAAGGCUGCUGGGGAUGGCCAUGAUGGAGAAGUCGGCCUUCAGGGACGUGUUCUUCAGGGAGGCGUUCGUGUACUUCCUCCGGGACCCGUCCAAGGCGACGGUCGACCUGGAGCUGUGGCGGUGCCCCAAGAAGGGCAACAAGAGGAGCGCGUUCAGCAUGGGCAACCGGGUGCUGAACGUCGGCCAGCUGCUCUUCCGCCAGAACAUGUGCGAGAAGUUCGACCGCCUGUCCGUGGACGGCUGCAAAGCGCGACUCACGGUACACCUGCAGCUGUGGCCCAUCCAGGCCCUUGGGCCGCGCCCGUCGCUCCUUGCGCCCGGCGCCAACCAGCCCUUCCAGUGCCUCGUCACGG